AGUGCGAUCUUUCUUUUUCUUUCCCCCUCCCUCAUCCCCUCAUCCCUCACCACUCUUUCGAUCCCAGGCAUUAUCCCCCCACUAUGGCUGCGGAACAAAGAAAGCUGCUUGAGCAGCUCAUGGGAGCGGACCAACUCAUCGGCACAGGAGCGCAAUCCCGCAAUGCGCAACUCGCCAUCACCGAUCCGAAAGUCUGCCGUUCGUACCUCGUCGGCACCUGCCCCCACGACCUCUUCACCAACACCAAACAAGACCUGGGCCAGUGCCCGAAAGUGCACAGCGAAGGAUUGAAGACGGAAUACGAGGCCGCCUCGGCCGCGGACAAGGCCAAGUGGGGGUUCGACUACGAUUACAUGCGCGACAUGCAGAAGUACAUCGACGACUGUGACCGACGCAUUGACUCGGCGCAGCGACGGCUGGAGAAGACCCCGGAUGAAAUCCGACAGACGAAUAACCUGCUAAAACAAAUCGCCGACCUCACCAACACCAUCAACUCGGGUCUGCUGGAGAUCUCCGUCCUGGGCGAGACCGGCGCCGUGGCGCAGGCCCUGAACGAACUGCACAAGAUCCGCACCGCCAAGCACCAGAAGGAGACGUGCGAGCGCGACCUCAAGAAUCUCCAAGACACCUCGGGCCCCUCGGGCCACCAGAAGCUGCAGGUCUGCGAUGUCUGCGGCGCGUACUUGAGUCGCCUCGACAACGACCGCCGCCUGGCCGAUCACUUCUUCGGCAAGAUGCACAUGGGGUACUCGGACAUGCGCAAGACCUUCAAGCGACUCAGCGAGGAGCUCAAGGGUCGGCCUCCGCCGGUCCGGCACCAUGAUGACGAGGACGAUCGUGAUCGGGGCUGGGGCGGUGGUCGCUCCGGGGGCGGUGGCCGCGGGCCUCGCUACGGUGGUGGUGGCGGCGGCGGUGGUGGGUACAAAAAGCGUGGUCCUCGGUGGUGAUGAUUACGGAUGACGAUGAUCAUGAAACAGGGAGAAGGAGAAGGGGGGUUUUUGGAUUGUCCUAUACCGAUUUCUGUUUUUUUUUUUUUUUCUUUUUUUUCCUUUU